AUGCAGUCAUUUCGAGGCGCCGCCCGAGCUGCUUCACGCACCAUCCGAAUCCAGCCAUGGCGACAAGGCAACUCUCUCGUGAAGCCCGCGGGGCCACAUCGGACUUUAUCGGCGCAAUGGAAGCCCACACGCCCAUUGCAUACUGUAUCACCGCGAAAGUCAGCGUCGGUCGCCGCGGAGUCAACUGAUAGAGACUCGUCCAAUCCAGCCAUGUCAUUCCCCUGUCUUGAUGCCCAAGAAGCAAAGUCAGCGCAGCUCUCCGCUCGGUCGCUGCAAUCCGGCCCCGAACCUUCAUACACCACCGGGCGACACGAAUCAUACCACUGUGAACAACCACUUCUACUCGACUGGGGUGGUGUACUACCGGAAUUCGAUAUUGCUUACGAAACAUGGGGGCAAUUGAAUAGCGACAAAAGUAAUGCCGUCCUCCUGCAUACCGGCUUGUCCGCCUCAAGCCACGCCCAUAGCACAGCGUCCAACCCAAAGCCCGGGUGGUGGGAGAAGUUCAUUGGCCCCGGAUUGCCACUGGACACCGAUAAAUAUCACAUCAUUUGCACCAAUGUUCUCGGAGGAUGUUACGGCAGUACAGGCCCCUCUUCGCUCGACCCGUCCGACGGAAAACGAUACGCAACCCGCUUCCCGAUCCUGACUUUAGACGACAUGAAACUCGCUGCCUCUGUCGGAUCCAGCAUGGGCGGUAUGCAGAGUCUCGCAGCAGGCGUCCUCUUCCCAGAGAGGGUCAACAAGAUUGUCAGCAUCAGCGGUUGUGCCCGCAGUCACCCUUAUAGUAUAGCGAUGCGACACACGCAGCGACAGGUGCUGAUGAUGGACCCCAACUGGGCGCGUGGGUUCUAUUACGAUGGAAUCCCGCCACACUCUGGCAUGAAGCUAGCUCGCGAAAUUGCAACCGUGACGUACCGCAGCGGGCCAGAGUGGGAGAUGCGAUUUGGUCGCCAGCGUGCAGACCCCAGCAAACAGCCAGCUCUGUGUCCCGACUUCCUUAUCGAGACGUAUCUCGACCAUGCCGGUGAGAAGUUCUGUCUCGAGUAUGAUGCCAACAGUCUUCUUUAUGUCUCCAAGGCCAUGGACUUGUUCGAUCUCGGCCAUGCACACCAGACUGCCACUAUGAAACGUCGUGCAGAGUCCGAGGAUCGCAUUGCGCACGGCGGUGGCGCACCAAAUGCUUCCGACCCUGCUUGCAGUCUUACCCUUCCAGACAAGCCCUAUGAGGAGCAGCCUGGAUCAACUUCUAAUGCAAUCCCGUUGGAUGAGUCCGUUUCUGCUGACUCAGUGGAUGGUCCUCCCCGGGACCUUGUAGCCGGCCUUGCUCCUCUCAAGGAUCAUCCUGUGCUUGUCAUGGGUGUUGCAAGUGACAUCCUCUUCCCAGCAUGGCAGCAGCGGGAGAUUGCCGAGACACUCCGUGCUGGUGGCAACAAAAAAGUUGAACAUAUCGAGCUUGGUGACGACUUGUCGCUGUUCGGCCAUGACACUUUCUUGUUAGACCUCAAGAACAUUGGUGGCGCAUUGGGCAAGUUCCUACGCUAG